AUGGACGGCGCUGCACGUAGAAAUCGAGACUCUCUGGAGCACGUCUCCAGCCAUGAGAGCCAUGACGAGACCACCCGCCAGUUCUUCUCUCACACAGGCGCGAAACGCAUCAGCACCGACGCCGUCAUCGCAAAGUCGCUGCGCCAACAAUAUCCCAAUCUCGCGCUCUCCAUCGCCCCGGCAGACUCAUGCAAUCUGCUGGCCUACGCAUCAAGCGGCCACGCCAAAUUCACUCCCAUAGGCGACGACGACGACGCUCAUGUCCCGUCCUCGCUAUCAUGGAAGAUCUACAUCCCGCCCAGAAGGCGCAUGGACGGCGAUCUAGGCGUCAUUGCAAAUGAAACCUUGUUUGAGAAGUACCUGUACCAGUGGAAGGACAAGGACUUCAUCGUCUACCUGGUCAGCGGCCGUGACGGAGCCAGCGCCUACCCGCAAAUCACAAACUUCUACGUGCUCUCCACGCACGAGGAGCUGGCUGAGCAGCUGAUUCUGGCCGCCGGCCGAUGGAGCAGCGAGCUGCAUGAAGAGUUUUGGGUAUUUGAUGGCGGCUGGUGGAGCAAGAACGCGGAGCUGUAUCAGAGUGCGAUGAAGUCGUCGUGGGAGAAUGUCAUUCUUGACGAGCAGAUGAAAAAUUCUCUCAUUGAGGAUCAUUUGUCCUUCUUCCGAUCGAGGGCUACCUAUGACCGGCUCAAGGUGCCGUGGAAGCGAGGCAUCAUUUACUAUGGCCCGCCUGGGAAUGGCAAGACGAUCUCUAUCAAGGCCACUAUGAACAUGCUUUUCCAUCUUAAGCAACCAGUGACUACCUUGUAUGUGAGGUCUCUAAGAUCGUACAUGGGGCCAGAGGCAAGCAUUGCCAUGGUUUUCGCAAAGGCAAGAGAGUUUGCGCCAUGCUAUCUCGUCUUUGAAGACCUCGAUACCAUCAUCACCGACGACGUGCGAAGCUAUUUCCUGAACGAGGUGGAUGGUCUGAAGAACAACGACGGUAUUUUCAUGAUUGGAAGCACCAAUCAUCUCGAACGAUUGGAUCCAGGCAUUGCUAAACGCCCCUCUCGCUUCGACAGGAAAUACCUCUUCCCAGACCCAGACUUUGACCAACGCGUCGCCUACUGCCACUUCUGGCAAAAGAAGCUCGCCGACAACAAAUCCAUCAGCUUCCCCGACAAGCUCUGCGCCGCCAUCGCGGAAAUCACAAACGACUUUAGCUUCGCCUACAUGCAGGAGGCCUUUGUCGCCGCGCUGCUCGCCAUUGCGCGCAACGAGCAGCCCGGCGACGGCGACGAGGACGACGCCCAGGACGACGCCAUGGUCAUGACGAUGGAUUUGGCGGAUGAGGACUGGGUCAAGGUGCUGGAUCGGCCGGUGGAGGAGACCCCGGAACUGGAUGAGCUGGUGCUUUGGUUGGAAAUUAAGAAGCAGGUUGCCAUUCUGCGCGAAGGCAUGGAAGACAAGACUGCAUGAACCUGCUGCAAGAUGUUGCAGAUAAUGACUUCAAGGAGGACACCUUGAUAGAACAGAAUGGUAAUAAUGUGUUAUGGAUCUAGCGUGCCACAAUAAACCAGAUGGGGGAUACAAUCCUACUUUCUUCGUUC